GAGAGAGAGAGAGAGAGAGAGGCUCCGCCAGGAAGAGACUGCCUCUCUCCUUGCCUCCCCGUCCGUCCGUCCGUCCGUCCGUCCGUCGGUCAGUCCAUCUGGCCGCUCGUCGGACUGCCGGGGCAGAACGCAGACUCCCAUGAGCAGUCCCGGGGGCAGCGCGCUUCCUCCACCCCUACCGCCAACUGCCCACCCCAGCCCUUCAAGAUGAUGAAAAGGCAGCUUAAUCGGAUGCGGCAGCAGCUGUCCCAGACCGGGAGCUCGGGACGUGCCCAAGAGACGGCUGAGUUUCUGAGUGAGGACCUGCUUCAGGUAGAGCAGAGGUUAGAGCCAGCCAAGCGGGCUGCUCACAAUGUACACAAGAGGCUGCAGGCCUGCUUACAGGGCCAGAGUGGGGCAGACAUGGACAAGCGUGUGAAGAAAUUGCCACUCAUGGCCCUGUCCCACACUAUGGCGGAGAGCAUCAAAGAGUUGGAUUCAGAUUCUAGCAUGGGGAAGGCUUUAGAGAUUAGCUGUUCCAUCCAGAGUCAGCUGGCUCGGGUCCUAGCAGAGUUUGAGAUGGCCCUGGAGAGAGAUGUCCUACAGCCACUCAACAGGCUGAGUGAGGAGGAGCUUCCAUCCAUUCUCAAGCACAAAAAAAACCUUCAGAAAUUGUUUUUGGACUGGAAUGCAGUGAAGAGCAGGCUCAGUCAGAUGGCCAAAAAUUCAAACCUUGGACCGGGUGUAGGGGGUCCUGGGAGUCACAACGCUGCAACCAAUAAGCUGGAGACCCUGAAGGAAGAGGAAGAAGAACUGAAGAGGAAGGUAGAGCAGUCCAAGGAUGAAUAUCUGUCGGAUCUAUACCACUUUGCUACGAAGGAAGACAGCUAUGCCAACUACUUCAUAAAUCUUCUGGAGCUGCAGGCUAAUUACCACCGCAGAUCCUUGAGUUCACUGGACACAGCCUUGGCUGAGCUGAAGGAGACCCAUGGCCACACAGAUAGCAGCACCCGGGUGUCAGAUGCCCCCUCCAACAAAGUAUAUGGGGUAGCCCUGAAGACCCAUCUGCAGGAGACAGGCCGGGACAUUGCCUUGCCCCUGGAGGCCUGCGUGUUGAUGCUUCUGUCUGAAGGCAUGAAGGAAGAGGGCCUCUUCCGCCUGGCAGCAGGGGCCUCCAUACUCAAGAGGCUGAAGCAGACGAUGGCCCUCAAUCCCAGCAGCCUGGAGGAAUUCUGCUCUGACCCUCAUGCUGUUGCUGGGGCUCUCAAGUCUUACCUGCGGGAGCUUCCUGAACCCCUCAUGACAUCAGAGCUCUAUGAAGACUGGAUGAAAGCCGCCACUCUGAAGGAACCCGCAGCCCGGCUAGAGGGCCUUCGAGAAGUAUGUGGCAAACUGCCCCAGGAAAAUCUCUGCAAUCUGAGGUACUUGAUCAAGUUCCUAGCCCAGCUGGCCAAGGAGCAGGAGGUGAACAAGAUGACCCCGAGCAACAUCGCCAUUGUCCUAGGGCCAAAUCUGCUGUGGCCACCCAUAAGAGAAGGGGACCAGGCUCAGCUGGACACAGCCUCCAUGUCCUCUAUCCAGGUGGUAGGUGUGGUGGAGGCACUGAUCCAGAAUUCAGACACCCUCUUCCCAGGAGAUCUGGAUUUCAAUGUCUCAGGCUUGUUCACUUCCCCUGGUAUCCUGUAUCAACCCCACCCCCAGGAAAAGUUUGCUGACAGUCUCAAGCCAGAAGAAUUUCCACCCACACCCCCUCCAGUAGUUAAGGAAGGUAAGGUAGAGUUUGAACCUCCAUCAAGGCCUGCCUCCCCAAAGGUGAGCAGGAACCCCACAGAAACACCUGCACCAGCUGAGGAUACAGCCCGAAAGACCAAACGACCGGCCCCUGCCCGGCCAGUGGUGCCUCCGCCCCAGGUCCUGAAUUCCCAAUCUUCACCCCCAAACAUCCCCUCUCCAGCUCCACCCCCGGCGCAGCCUCAGCCCUCUACCCUAGGGAGUCCAGCUACUCCCAGGGCCCUCCCCAGACGGCAGGCGGGCAGCAAUAUUAAGGCCCCCUCUGUGCCACCCCCCUUGCCUCCUCAACCUCCACAGCCUGUUCCCCGGCAAAGUCGACCCUCCCCUGCUUCCCCCAACCCCACUGCUGAGACUGAGGUCCCUGGGGAGCCCGGAGGUCCUGAAGGGGACAGCUGUGCAGCCCAGGGAGGGGUCAGCAGCCCUCCCCAGCCCCGGCCUAGGGCUCUCGCCUCAGAGACCGACUGAGCCCGGGGCAGCCUGGCUGCCUCCCCCCUCCCCCCUGCAGUGCACUGCCCCUCACCGCCCCGCCCCCCUUGCCUCUUCUAUUCCCUGGGGCCCCUUUUCCCUCAUUCCAUCAGGAGCUCCAAUGACUCAGCCCUCUACUGCCCAUGAGACAGGAUGGAAAGCUCCCAGCCACAAGUGCCUCUGGUCCCCAGGCCCAGCUGGCCUGGUCCGUUGCCUCAGGAGCUGAAGAGGAGCUCAGGCCUUGUCUCCCCCUUCUCCUGACGCCCCUGGUUCUGGGUGUUCAGAGCUUCUCUCCCCAUUGCCUGGCAGGGUCCAGCCUGGGAGCAAAAGAGAGGAGGAACAGGGAAGGCCUUUAGUUUGACUUCCCUGGGAGAAUAUCCACUUGUCUUUCCCAGAAACGUUUUGGUUUAGGUUUAGGUAUGGCUCGUUAAGUUAUUUUGGAUUAAACUGGAGCCCACUCUUUGUACAGCUAGCCAAGUUCCCCCUUUUGUUCUCCGAAUAAAGGUGAUUAUUGAGAUGGAGGCA